AUGUCGAAUUUACAACGUGAUCUAGCAGUUGAAAAACUUAAACAAUAUCAUCAAACAGUUCAUCAAUCAACAACACAAUAUUAUACAGAUAUGAUUAAAUUGAUGAAACAAGCUGAUCCUCAAAUGAAUGACACAACAAAAGUUCGAUAUCUUAUGAAUGGUCUUCGUCCGUCGUUAUCUACUGAAACUCGACGAAAUUAUCCUACGACUCCAGAAACAUUCUUAGUACAAGCAAAAAGAGCUGAAGAACUUACCGCAUUGAAUAACACAUUCUCGUCAAGUUCAAUUAAUAAUGAUGAAUCUCUUCGAUAUUCAAAUACAAAUGAUUUAGCAACAAAACACGAUUUCAAUGAUUAUCAUCGAAAUGUAAAUGUUCAAGGUGAUUAUUAUGAUGAUAACACGAAUCAUUCUUCUCGUGAUCAUAACCAACAUCGCUUUCUAAAUCAAAUUUCACAAUCCUCAUUUUAUAAUUCAUCUCGUCAAGCACAAGCUGUUAAACCAUCACAAAGAUUUCCAUCAUCAUCAUAUAAUAACAACACACGUCGAAAUAACCGUUUUCAACAAAAUUCUCAAUCGUCUCAAGGUUGUUUCAACUGUGGUUCUACAUCUCAUAUAGCACGUUAUUGUCACCAUUUCGAGAAUCGAAGUCAAUGA